GGUUUUCCGGCACAGAGCUUGGAGGGCAGCGUGGAAACUAGGUAACUGCAAGCAAGCUGAGGUGAGCUGCACGUUCCGCAUGGACGCCCUCAAGCGUGAUUCCCAAUUCCAAGACCCCGCGUACCCACCGCCCGCUGACGAGGAUGAUACCUGUGAGCGCCGCUCCUCUCCAGGGGCCCGUUCAGUCACUCACAAGCGCCAGCUCUGAGAAGAGCCGCGGAAUCGCUAUCUUGUACAGUGAAGGGAGCUGGCGUUGGUAAUCACGUUGCAACUAGGAACCCCUGACCUCGCCGAACCCUCAACUCACUGCCGGCUCCGAGUUUCAUAAAUUGCCACGGAACAACCUCGACGCACUCUUGCGCACGCGCACCAGCUGUGGAAGGAACCCCCAGGAGCCCCCGCGACCCGGAUCGCUAAGUGGCAAUGGAUGCAGCAAUAUUCAGUUUCCAGAAUCAGCAGCUCCGGCAGCAGUGUCCUGUCCUGAUGGUGUUGGCAGUGGAAGCUUUCUGAGGCCCUCACCAGGAGCAGAUAGAUGCUGGUGACAUGCUUCCUGUACAGCCUGCAGAACUGUCACAUCACAUUUAUACUCUACAAAUGACGAACUUUCUCGAAAUUAUACAGUGUAUGGAGUAGACUUAAGUUGCAACCUAGUAUUUUUUCCUUCAGAAACCAAAUACUUAAUUGCAACAAUACAAUGCUUCCCCAAAGAGAAGACAUGUAAGAAUUCAUGAUGGGACCUGUAAACAGAGAUGUGACUGCUAACUGCAUGUUAUUUUCUGCCCUCCUUAUAACCAUUUGGGAACCUUCUGAGAGGAAGCACAGCUCAAGAUCCCCCCUAAUGAUUCAGGAUUCUCCUGAGCACUUCACCUGCUCCAGAGACUGCUUCUAGUAUCCCUGCUGUUCACCUCAUUUAAAUUGAACUAUUGUUGCACAAUAUACCGUGAAGUCCAUGAUAAGACCUUUGGAUGGAGCAGAAGGGCAUGGGAGAUGUGGGGAUUCUCCUUCCUGCUUUGUUCUUGACUUUGGAGAUUCUACUGAGCCCUUUGCCUUUAUGAAAAUAUCCCUGCUGUCCAUGUUCUGCCCAUGCUGCCGCCAGUGCACCUGAAGCACUUUCCCAUCAGUAGUGGAGUGUCUUUAUUGGCUUUCCAUGCCAGUUUGAUCUUUCUCCAUCAUAGGACAAAAUAUUGGUAAGAUUAUUAGAGGGUGGGGGAAGAUAAGGCAUAAGAUGAACAAAGAAGGGAUAACCAGAGAUAUAUUGGGAGUAAAUUGGUUUUAACAUUGUCAUAGAUUUGGUUUUUAAAAUUCAACUAAUUUUGUCCAAAUAAUCUGAUUCAUAGAGCAGCUAAAUCUUCUGUAAUAGAUUUAGCCAAGGUUUUAUUCCACAGUGGAUCUACCUUAUCAAACCACAAUUACAAUGCAAAAUUACCUGAGAAGAAGAAUCCUGACGCUCACCUUAUGUAGAUAUAGGCAGAACUCUCGUGGAGUCAGUAUUGUUCGUUUGAGUAGUGUUCUCUUGCAUUGUUGAACUUGAUUUGGAAGAAAGUAAAUAGGUAUGGAUGAUAAGGAAUAGAGGAUUUUAAGUGUGAAGGAUCUUGGAAUUAGAAGAGAAAUUUAGUAGUUUUCUCUUGGUUCUUUAUGGGUUUGCUCAGUCUCUUCUUCUUAAAUUCACAUCAGGUUAGAUAGUGCAUGUUUCUGUGACCCUGACUUCCUUUUCCAUAUCCAGUGACAUAUUUUAUUUUUAUAGAAAUGAACUCACAAAUUUAUGUUAAAUCUAGAAAAAAAAGUAAAGUGAAAUGGCAGAAAGGUUGACAGUGAACAUGAUUUUCUUAUAGGAGCUUCUUGACCCUGGGAGCAGAUUCAACGUCACCUGGAGGAACAUUUUGUCCUCUACAUUUGCAUGCGAGAAUAACAUUUGUAAGGAAAAAUAAGGAGAGUUUGGGGUGCUGCCUUCCAGUGCAUAAUCCCAGGGUCAGUGAGAACUCCUAGCCUCUGACAAGUCAUAAAUCACACUCAUCUCUUCCUUACAUUCCCCUCUCUGUCUCUUGCUACUUUGGCUCAGGUCAAAUCAGUUCAAGAAACAUGUGUUGGACACUUAUAAUGUACCAUGACUGCUCUUAUUUUCUGUGAAUAAAGAUGAUUCAGAUGUGAUCUCUACCCUUGACUAUCUUACAGUCACAGAGAAAGAAAAAUAAUUUUAAUAUAAUUUGUUAAGAGCUGUGAUCGAGGUAAGUACAAGAUGCUGUAGGUAUACUUGUGCAUCUAAGAUAGACUAGUUGUUUGUGAAUGUGUAUAUUGGUGUGUAUAUGUCCAUGUGUAUUGGAGGUAGGAAUAGGGAAGGUUUGUGGAAUUGUUUCUGGAGUAUAUUUUUCCUACACAGAAUCUUAAAAAAUUCAUCUGGCUAUGGUUAUUAGCCAGAUGAAGAAGGGAUAGAAAUCAUAGCAAUAUCCUGUAGCUUCACUUUCAUUAAAUUAACUACUGACUGUAGUCAUCACUUUAAAUUUUGUGAAAGAUGCUUAGUUUUGUGCUCAGUAUCUUCUUUUGUCAAAACUGAGAAAGAUUGUCUAUCAUUUAAUUUUCCUUGAGAUUUAGACACAUUAUUGAUACAGUUGUAAUCAAAUUCUAAAAAAAUAAAAUUCUACUCUAAGAAGAGUGAAAAUUGUGGCAGAAAGAGGACUGAGUCUAAAGAUCCUGAGCUGAACCAAAUCCCAGAGCCUCUAAGAACUAACCAGGUAGCACCUUCCACCAGAUGGACAGCAAUUCAAAAUGUAGCAAUGUUUAAAUUACCUGUAUUCUUAAAAUUUAUUUUUAUAUCAGCUGUUUUGAUAAUACACUAUUUUUCUCUUUAGAAGCAAUUCUCUAUUAGUUUUAUAUGAUAGAUUAUAUAGAUUCCUUAAACCAAUAUUGGCUGUGAAUGUAUGGAUAUUCCAAGGACCACUGUAGGCACUGGGGAUGAAACAAUUUGGCCCCUCCCCUCUGGAGUUCUUUAGUGUUAGGAACUGGGUUUUCAGUCUGUAUCCCCAGUCUUUAGCAUAUGCUUGGUACACAGUAUUUGCUCAAAAAAUAAGAUAAUGAUGAGUGCCCAAGGAAAGUAAUGAUACCUUGAUUUAGUGGGCAUGUCUCUGAGUAGAGGGACUAUGCUGAGCAAAAAACAGUGGGGUGUAAAAAUGCAGUGUGUUCUAGUUAGUUGGUAUGGGAUAAGGCUGGUAAGGUUGCCUACAGAUGGAUAAGGGAGGGUGGAAUUUAUCUAUAUUCAGUGUGGGGCCAUAAGUAAUCAUCAAGCAGAGAUGUAAUUAUUCAUAAUUAUGUUUUAUUUAUCAGUUAUUGAAUGAGUUGAUUUCCCUUGAAAUAAAGGUAGGCACUUCUAUAACUGCUAGGCAUUGCAGUUUUUAGAUAUUGGCAGCAUCUAUCAAAAGUAAAGAGAUGCCUACCCUUAUAUCUUCCGUCUUGGAUAAAGCUCAUAUCUAGCAAUUCGAAUGUUUGUAGUUUACCUUACAGAUAUAUUGGUAACAGUGAAAAACAAUAUAUGUAUAGGAAUGUUCAUAACAUAAUUGUUUGUGGUAGCAUAAAUUGGCCCCAAUAUUAAUGUUCAACAAUAAGAGAAUAGUUAACUAAGUUUUGGUUUAACUGUAGUGUGGAAUAUAAUGAAAUCAAUAGCAAGACAGGUAUGGCUAUAUAUAUUGGUCAAGAGGUGUCUCCAAGAUAAUAGCAAUUGUUGGGAAAAUUAAGUCAUUAAAUCAUAUGUUAAUUACAAAAGUGUGCAUACUCAUGUACAUACACACAUGCAUAUUUGAAUUAAUAGACAUCUGGAAAGAUGUAUACCAACCUGUGAUCUAUGGUUACUAAUGGAAAGGGUAUUGGACUUGAGGGUGUUUGGAAAGAGACUUAGUAUUACCAUACAUUUGGGUGAUGCAUGUUGGACACACCACACAACUUACCAUUUAAAGUGUAUAAUUCAGUGGCUUUUAGAAUAUUCACAAAGUUGUGCAACCAUCACCACAAUCAAUUUUAGAAGUUUUUCGUUACUCCAAAAAGAAAUCAUACAUUCCUUAGUCAUCAUCAUCCAGUCCUCCUAUAACCCCAGCCCUAGGCAACAACCAAUCUACUUUCUUUCUCUAUAGAUUUGCCUGUUCUUGACAUUUAAUAUAAAUGGAAUCAUGCAAUAUGUCAUCCUUUGUGACUACUUUUUUCACUUAAUAUAAUGUUUUUAAGGUUUAUUCAUGUUGUACCAUGUUCAAUCCUUUAUAUGGAUAUAUCACCCUUUUCUUUUUUUUUUUGAGAUGGGGUCUCUCUCUGUCACAUGGACUGAAGUGCAGUGGAGUGACCUCAGCUCACUGCAACCUCUGCCUACCCCGUUCAAACGAUUCUCCUGCCUCAGCCUCCCAACUAGGUGGGACUAUAGGCAUGUGCCAUGAUGCCCAGCUAAUUUUUGUAUUUUUAGUAGAGACAGGGUUUCACCAUAUUGGCCAGGCUGGCCUCUAACUCCUGACCUUAAGUGAUACGCCUGCCUCAGUCUCUCAAUGUACUGAGAUUACAGGCGUGAGCCACCACACCCAGCUGAUAUAUCACCUUUUCUUUAUACAUUCAAAGACAUUUCACUUUUUGUCUUUGGAUCACUGCACUUUUUGACUAUUAUGAAUAAUAUUAUGCCAUAGACAUUCAUGUAUAAGUUUUUGUGUGCAACAUAUGCUUUCAGUUCUCUUCAGUAUAUACCUACUGGUGGGAUGGCUGAUUCAUGUGGUAACCUGCUAGCCAUCCUAGUAGGUGUAAAGUUGUAUGCUAUUGUGGUUUUGGUUUGCAUUUCCUUUAUGGCUAAUGACAUUCAGCAUAUUUUCAUGUGCCUCCUGGCCAUUUGCAUACCUCUUCUGGAAACAAUGUCUAUUUAGAUUCUUUGCCCAGUUAUUAAUUAUAUUAUUGGCUUUUUUAUUACCAAGUUAUGUUUCUUAUAUAUUCUAAAUAUAAGUCCCUUGUCAGAUAUAUAAUUUGCACAAAUUUUCUCCCACUCUGUGGGUUGUCUUUUCACUUCCUUAAUGGUGUCUUUUGAAACACAAACAUUUUUAAUUUUGAUGAUGUCCAAUUUAUUAACUUUUUUCUUUUGUUCUGAAAAAUAUAUAUUUGGUGUAUAUUUAAAAUACAAUUAAGCAAACAAAAUGUUAAAAUUAAGUAACAUAUCUUCAAAACUGAGAAGGAAUAUAGAGUUCCUUUUAGGGAUUAGGUAAGAGGCUUUCAUCCUUUCAAAGAUUUUAGAGUUUGGUGGCACUGGUUUUUAUUUUACUAUUGAAUCAACAUCCACACCUCCAUUUACCUGAUAUAACGGUAAUAUUGUGUAACCAUUACAUUUAUAUGAUUUGAUAUGAGACUGUUUUUGUUUUGACAGAUUUUCCUAGAUGUGUAAAAGAGGAGAAUAACAUAAAGAAUAAAGAAAAUGUGUAUUUUGAGUUAAAAAAGAAGCUUUUAAAUAAUUAAUCAGUACAUUGUAAAGUAAAACAGUAAGGUGAAAUUGUUUUCAGGCUCCUUCCUCUGGUGGUUAAAAUAAAAGUGGAGAAGAGAAAAGAAAUUAGGUCAAACUUUUCCCAGAUUGGUUGUUAGUGGUAACUUUGGCCCAGGACAACUAAAUUCCUGCCUGGAGAAAAGAUGUUGUAGGAGAAAUCCCAGGAAGUGAGGAAAGGAGUGUAGAGUCCAUGGCUAACCAGUAGUGGGCAAAGGUGGAAGGGUUAUAAAUUGGAUUUUGUCAUACAGGUGAUGCAUGUUGGACUAAGCUGUUUGCUUAAGGCCUUCUGCCUACAAAGUGAGCGAGGAGCAAUGCUAAAAAUCUGAAGCACGAAACACUUAAGUAGAAGUGCAAAGGGACCUUCCUCCCAAUGCCAAAUUCCAACUUUAGUCUGAAGACCGAUUAGGAAUUGAAAUCUUUCAUUUCUUUGAUUCACAGACCAAUCCAGAUGCUGAGACUCUGUUACUAGAUUAUGUAGGGUGUAAUUAUGUCUUUUUUUUUUUUUUUUUAAGAAAUCUCCUGGGGAUUCCUGUAACCCAAGUGAGUUCUGCAACUUGGAGUAAAAUGUUACGUCUUUAUUUUUAUUUUCCCCUAACUGAAAGUUGAUGUUUCCUUCCAAUUUGAAUGCAAGUAACCAACCCACACCAAUAUUAGAAGUAUUUAUGACUUUGUCAGCAGUAGUAAUUAUAAGAAUUUUUAUAUUGUAUUGCAGUUGUUAAAGAGAUCUCCAAAUAUUUAAGCUCAUCAUUAUUUUGAAAUGAAGAUGGUUAUUGGACCCACCACUACAUUUCAAAAUUUUAGUGUAUUGAUAAAGAGGCACAUAUAUUGCUGUUUACAAAUCUGUUUUCUAAAAUUAUUUUGAUAACUGUAUUUUGAUAUAACUUGUUUCCUUGGUAAUCCUAUACACUUUAUUUGAUGUAUUUAAAACAUUAUUCUGAGAUACUUUCACCAGACAGUUAAAGGAUUGAUAGCCCAACCCGUGUAUAGUAUCUUAAACUUUACACUUUAAAGUAAAUUUGUUUCCCUUCUUUUUGGAACAGCUCCACAAAAUUGGAUUAUUAUUUCCAAAUUAUUUUAAAUCUCUCUAGGGAUAUUGGCAAACCUUCUAAACAACUCUGCUUAAUUAUGUGAUCAAAUUGUUAUUUGUUUAAUGAAUUAAUGGUCAUUUAUGAAAUGAAGUUCUUUGCUAUGUCUUAUAAAGGACACAGAGGUGAAAAAGACAUGGAAACUAUUUUCAAAGGAACUUUUACUUUUGCGGGGGGAGUGGACAGCUAAUGCAUAUAAUUUUUAGCAGAGAGAGCUGGAGAGUAGUACUGUUUGGGCUGAGUAUGAAACUAGCCACGCUGGUGGCUUAAAAUGAAAAUUCUGUUUUGAUGAUGUGUCUGUUAUGUUGGAAGUUCAUUCACAGUUGAGACUGAACAGAACUCAAGCUGAGGCUUCAGAUAGGAUUCCCAAGGGUAUCCUGAGUUACUCUUUGGUUUCCCAGCUCCUAUAAGACAGGUUAGUUUCUUAAAUAAAACAUACCAGUACUUUGGCUCUUUCCGAUUUCUUAUACCUUCGUGUCUGUCCUUUCGGGAAAAUACAACAGAAAGCUACAUAAUCAUAAGUGGGGAAGAGGAGAUGUGACAAGAGCACUUAAGACUCAGGGGUUUUAGUUAAGAACAAACAGAAAUUAAAUGGCAGGACUUUAUGGAUGAAUUCAGUCUGCAUUUAAUAUUGUAUUAUUAAAAGUGUGGUAUUCGGAGAAAAAUUAUUUUAAAAAUCUACUCUAUUCUUGCCAGAUGACACCAGCAAUGAAUGCAACAUCUUUUAAAGUUUGUUUUACAACACUGAAAAUGUUCCAAUGAAAGAAACAUGAUCAUCUUAUGAAGGGGGUUCUUGAAAUUUUCAGUAGCAAUUGGGGCAGUUCCUAAGCCUGCACUUCUGAAUUAUAUAAUUUUAUAGGUAUGCAUGUCUAUGGUUAGCACAUAGUGACUUCUUACUGAAAAGGACAACGAACUAUGAGACAGAUAAAUCAGACACAAGUGACAGAAUUCCUCCUUCUGGGACUCUCUGAUGGGCCACACACCCAGCAGCUGCUAUUUAUCUUAUUCUUGGGUGUCUACCUGGUCACUGUGCUUGGAAAUCUGCUUCUAAUGUCCCUUGUUCAUGUUGACUCCCGACUUCACACACCUAUGUAUUUUUUUCUCUGCAACUUGUCUCUGGCUGACCUCUGUUUCUCUACCAACAUAGUUCCUCAGGCACUAGUCCACCUGCUUUCCAGGAAGAAGGUCAUUUCAUUCACACGUUGCACAGCUCAACUUCUCUUUUUCCUCAUUUUUGGGUGUACACAGUGUGCCCUUCUUGCAGUGAUGUCCUAUGAUCGUUAUGUUGCAAUCUGCAAUCCUCUGCAUUACCCUAGCAUCAUGACCUGGAAAGUGUGUGUCCAGCUGGCAACAGGAUCAUGGACCAGUGGCAUUCUGGUGUCUGUGGUAGACACCACCUUCACACUGAGGCUACCCUACCGAGGCAGUAACAGCAUUGCUCAUUUCUUUUGUGAGGCCCCUGCACUAUUGAUCUUGGCAUCCACAGACACCCACGUGUCAGAGAUGGCCAUUUUUCUUAUGGGGAUUAUGAUUCUCCUCAUACCUGUUUUUCUGAUUCUGAUAUCCUAUGGCCACAUCAUAGUAACUGUGGUCAAGAUGAAGUCAACUGUGGGGAGUCUCAAGGCAUUUUCUACCUGUGGCUCCCACCUCAUGGUGGUCAUAAUUUUUUAUGGAUCAGCAAUUAUCACUUACAUGACACCCAAGUCUUCCAAACAGCAGGAAAAAUUGGUGUCUGUUUUCUAUGCAAUGGUGACUCCCAUGCUUAAUCCCCUCAUAUAUAGCCUGAGAAACAAGGAUGUGAAGGGAGCUCUGAGGAAAGUAGCCACAAGGAAUUUCCCAUGCAGGCUUGGAAUCUCACACUGACAGUGAGCUCAGAGAACCUUUUGGCUUCCUACUUCAAAGACUUGCUGGGAAGACAUGGAAUCAACCCAGGUGGAUUGGAUUUUUUAAAAUGUACAUUGGCACACUUGGUUUCUCAAGUCACCUGCUUGGCUCCCUUCCAAGUUGUACUUUGCUUCUUUUUUCUCCUUUGCUUUUCCUUCCUUACUGUUCUAAAGCUUUUUAAUAAACUUUCCCUCCUGCUCUGAAAACAAAAGUACAUAUACACCAUGGAAUACUAUGCAGCCAUAAAAUAGAAUGAAAUCAUGUCAUUUGUAGAAACAUAGAUGCAGCUUGAAACCAUUAUCCUGAGUGAACUAGCACAAAAACAGAAAACCAAAUACUUCAUGUUCUCACUCAUAAGUAGGAACUAAACGUUGGGUACAUAUGAAGACAAAGGUGGGAACAAUAGACAUUGGGGACUACUAGAUUAUGGGAGGGAGGGGGAAGGGUUUAAAAAACUACCUAUUACCUACUCACUACCUGGGUUAUGGAUCCAUUUGUACUCCAAAUCUCAGCAUCACGUGAUAUACCUCUGUAACAAACCUGCGUGUGCACCCUCGAUUUUAAAGUAAAAGUUGAAAAGAAGAAAAAAAUGCACAUUAGAUUUCAGAUUUUCACACCUAUAUGAAAAUAGAAUAUAAACCAUGUCAUUAGUAAUUUUAUGUGGAUGACAUGACAAUAAAAUAGUAUUUUGAUAUAUUGGAUAAAAUAAAAUUAUAUUAUUAAAGAUUUGCUGGGUAGCCCUCUUCUUUGUGAAUCUAAAAUAUGGUAAGACUUAAAGUGAUGGAUAUGGUAAUUACCCUGAUUUGAUUAUUAUACAAUGUUUCCAUGCAUUGAAACAUCACACUGUAUUCCCAAACUAUGUAUAAUUAUGUCAAUUGUAAAUUUAAAAUUAAUAAAAAAUAUGGUAAGAUUCUUAUUCUUGGGCCUUAUCCGUAGACACACCCUCUAUCCUUCAUCCUGCGUUUCUUUCAUAGAAGGAGAAGGACAAUAAUUCAUGGAGCAAUCGGAAGGAGGAUAUGCUUCCUUCUGGUUGGUCCUUUGACACCUAAGGGUUGAGAAAUCCCCCGAGAAACACACACAUUUUAUAAGCCUUGUAAAAUCUAUCUUUUUAAUAAUGCUGUGUAUUAUCAACUAUCUAUUUCAGAUCUUACUCCAAGUCCUUUAUCUUUUGGUACUUCUGAAUCUCUCUGCAUCAUCAAAUGAUCAAUAAAUAAACAGACAUUACUGAAUCACUUACUAUGAGCUAGGUGCUACGUAUGUGUUGGCACGUGCACCUGUAUGUGUGCUUAACGUGGGUAAUGAAGAGCAUGGGUACAAUGAAGCAGAAUAUAUGAGCUCUGCUCUCCUUCUCACACUCUUUUAGAAACAUAAGUAUCAUAUUUAUCAGGAUACAUCUUCAUAAAGAUGAACAUAGAAGUUGUGGAAACCAGCAAGAAAUAGUGACAUACUCCAAGAAUAGUGACAUAUAGCAAGAGUGAGAAGCUGUAAUUAAUGCUAAGCCUGAAUGACCAAGAGGAGGGAACUAGAACCUGGAGAGGGUAGAAAUAUGCUAAGGGCACAAGAAAGUAACUGUGGACUUAGGCUAUAUGAAGGCAAGGAAGCCAUGGGAAGAAAUAUUUCUCAAGCCCAUUUUCCACCCACUUUCCGAUCCCCUGCUAUUGUAUUCCAAUUAGAAGCCAGGGAACAAGGACCCUUUUGGUAUAAUCCAUAAAAGACAUCAAACAUUCUGCAGCACAUAGCAAGCUGAAAAAGGAUAGAAGGUAGAUCUGGAAAGGUCAACUGGUGAAGUACACACCUUUUGCCCUCAGCAUCCACAUCUUCUUUCAGUGAUUAAUUCAUAUUCCUAAUACAGGGAACACAUAAAGUUCCAUUAAGAACUUUAUCAUAGCAGCAUGAUAUCAAGUAGCUCACACUUCUACUUGAUACAUAAAAGAAUAGCUCCUGUCAUGAUUAUUUAUAUAAGAAAGUUGAAAGAGGAAGAGCAAAAAAAGCAAAUAAUUAGCAGAAAACAUAGCUAUUGUAGCUCCUAGUCCUGCCCCAGACAUAAAUUGAUAAUUAUAGCUUGUUCUUUCACUACCCUUUCAUGGAUUUCUUAUUUUCUGCCUUAAGCUCAGCUCGCUGGAGUUUUUUUUAACAGGUGUGGCAACCUAAAACUUCUUACCUGUAAAAUUUGAGUUCUUGAUGAUUCUGUGGUUUUUUUUUUAACUUUUAGUUUCAGGGGUACACGUGCAGGUUUAUUAUAUAGGUAAAUUGCGUGUCACGAGGGUUUAGUGUACAGAUUAUUUCAUCACCCAGGUAAUAAGCAUAGUACUUGAUAGGCAGGUUUUUUUAUAUUCACCCUUCUCUUACCCUCAACCCUCCAGUAGGCCACAAUAUCUGUUGUUCUAUUAUUUGUACCCAUGUGUACUCAAUAUUUACCUCCAACUUAUAAGUGAGAACACACAGUAUUUGGUUUUCUGUUCCUGUGUUAAGAUAGGAUAAUAGCUUCUAGCUCCAUCUACGUUGCUGCAAAAGACAUGAUCUUGGUCUUUUUCAUGGCUGUAUAGUAUUCCAUGGUGUAUAUGUACCACAUUUCCUGCUAUUGAUGGGCAUUUAGGUUGAUUCCAUGCCUUUGCUGUGCGAAUAGUGCUGCAAUGAACAUAACCAUGCACGUGUCUUUAUGGUAGAGUGAUUUAUAUUCCUCUGGGUAUAUACCCAGUAAUAGCAUUGUUGGGUCGAAUGGUAGUUCUGUUUUAAGUUAUUCAAGAAAUCACCAAACUGCUUUCUACAGUGGCUGAACUAAUUUACAUUCCCACCAGAAAAGUGUUCCCUUUUCUCUACAACUUUGCCAGCAUCUGUUUUGUUGUUGGUGUUGUUGUUGUUUUGACUUUUUAAUAGUAGCCAUUUUGACUGGUGUGAGAUGGUACCUCAUUGUGGUUUUGAUUUGCAUUUCUCUAAUGAUUAGUGAUGUUGAGCAUUUUUUCAUAUGCUUAUUUGCCACUUGUAUGUCUUCUUUUGAAAAGUGUCUGUUCCGCAACCUAUAGAAUGGGAGAAAAUUUUUGCAAUCUAUCCAUCUGACAAAGAUCUAAUAUCCAGAAUCUACAAGGACCUUAAACAAAUUUUCAAGAAAAAGCAAACAACCCCAUCAAAAAGUGGGUGAAGGAUAUGAACAGACACUUCUCAAAAGAAGACAUUGAUGCGGCCAACAAACAUAUGAAAAAAAAAAAGCUCAUCAUCACUGGUCAUUAGAGAAAUGCAAAUCAAAACCAUAAUGAGAUACCAUCUCACACCAGUUAUAAUGGUGAUUAUUAAAAAGUCAGGAAACAACAGAUGCUGUCAAGACUGUGGAGAAAUAGGAAUGUUUUUACACUGUUGGUGGGAGUGUAAAUUCACUCAUUCAACCAUUGUGUUCAACCAUUGUGGAAGACAGUGUGGCAAUUCCUCAAGGAUCUAGAACCAGAAAUACCAUUUGACCCAGAAAUACCAUUACUAGGUAUAUACUCAAAGGAUUAUAAAUCAUUCUACUAUAAAGACAUAUGCCCACAUACGUUUAUUGCAGCACUAUUCACAAUAGCAAAGACUUGGAACCAACCCAAAUGCCCAUCAGUGAUAGACUGGAUUAAGAAAAUGUGGCAUAUAUACACCAUAGAAUACUAUGCAGCCGUAAAAAAGGAUGAGUUCAUGUCCUUUGCAGGGACAUGGAUGAAGCUGGAAACCAUCAUUCCCAGCAAACUAUCACAGCAACAGAAAACCAAGCACCGCAUGUUCUCACUCAUAAGUGGGAGUUGGACAAUGAGAACACAUGGACACAGGGAGGGGAACGUCACCCACCGGGGCCUGUCGGGGGAAGGGCUAGGGGAAGGAUAGCAUUAGGAGAAAUACCUAAUGUAGAUGACUGGUUGAUGGCCGCAGCAAACCACCAUGGCACGUGUAUACCUAUGUAACAAACCUGAAU